AUGGCAAGAAAUAACAUGGAAUUGUUUUCUUUGAUAUCAGAAUCGCUUCGUCUUGCAAUCGUUUCUUUCCUACCUUCCGAAGAAGCCGCAAGGAGAACAAGUAUCCUUAACAACUGGUUAAAGAUAUGGCAGUCCGAAGACCACAUCGAUUUCAAUGAAAACUUCUUCGUUGAUUCAAGUUCCGAUAAAAUCAAACAAGCGCAGAGAAAAGUUUUCCUCGACUUUAUCACAAAUUGGAUUGCGCAGUUCACUAGCCAUGACAUCAACAAGUUUUCUCUCACGAUUUCAAACCCUCAAACUUGUGGGGAAACAAUUGAAGGUUGUGUUGCUUUUGCGACACAACAGGGCGUGAAAGAUUUAACAUUUGAUUUCUCUGAUCCUAAGUGGGAAGACAACAAUUUGGAUUGUAAACAUGCGUUGUUCCAAUUGCCAACGCAGGUUUAUCAACUCGGAUCAUCACUUGAAUCACUUAAAUUGUAUUCAUGUGGUUUUGAUAUGCAAAAUCUUCAUAACUUUGUUGCACUCAAAGAUUUGUCUUUGGGUUGGAUUGAAGUUGAAAUCAAAACUCUCAAAAAAUUGUUAUCAACUUGUAGAACGAUUGAUAAUUUGAGUCUUGAGAAAUGUUUGAAUUUGGCAAACUUUGAUUUGGGAGAUGAACCACUUGGAUUAACAAGAUUGGUGGUAAACAAGUGUGAUGCUGAGUAUUUCAUAUUUAAUGCACCAAAUCUUAAAUACUUCAAAUAUUCUGGGGCUGUGUUUACUUCAGAUAUAAAUGUAAGGGCUAUAGAAGAGGUAUACAUUGAUUUUUCUCUAGAAUCGGAGUUUCAUGAACGUGGCAAUGAACUCUGCCAAAUCCUUCAUGAUUUCUCCGCCGCUAAGAUUCUAACAGUUUGCAGUUAUCUACUCCAGGUACUCUUUUAA